GUGAAUCGACUGGCAGUAGUUUCACCGAUGGUGCCAGUGUUGGAUGUUGGCUGUGGCACUUGACGAGAAGCGCCAGUUGAUGUUCAGUGCCCCGCUGCUGUGACCGAUUGGUCCUUGACCACACCAACACCCCAGACUGGUGUUGCUCUUCUUCUUUUCUCCUCCCCGCUCCUCCUUCUCUCAUCUCAUCUCUCUCGCGUGUUGUUGUGUCCUGUCGCAUUUCGGGGGUGCUGCUGCUGCUGCUGGUCGACUAGUAUCCGAUCCGCUCAUUGAUCAAGUCGAAAGUCGCUCAGUCGCGUCCGUUGCGUCUGUGGCGGGCGGCUGACCAGUUCGCGCGUUGCGUCGUGAAUCUCCUUUUUUUUCUCCGAAACAAAAACACUUUGAAAAAGUCGUUUUCGGCGGUUAAGCGCCUUCAGUGUUCAGGCUUCCAUCGAGCCCGGGAUAUCGUCGAGGGAGUCUCUCUCUCGCUCGCUCCCAUCUCUCCCAACUCACUUGACUUUUCUAUUGGAUCGAACAACGACGAUCGGUUAGUAGUGACGUUUGGAUCUCAACUGUUUUUGUUGUUCCUUUCACCGGCCGUUUGCGGGAAAGAAGAAAAAAAAGAAAGAAAAUUUCGUCCGGAAUUCCUCACCCGGUUAAAUCAGAAAGAGCCCAACGACAAAGUUCACACACACACACACACAAGUCUCUUGUUGUGGGGGACUGGAGUCAACAGGACUUUAAUCGCAUUAAAGUCCCUCCGACCCGAUUGAGGUACGGAAAAUGGGAUCCGGAUCGCGGAGUGCGGGCCGCGAUCCUUGGCCCACGCUAGCAUCCAUCGCGGCCAUCAUCUGCUGGAUUAGCUGGAUACCUUUGACCGUUCACUCCGCCCUGCCGCCAGAUGCGGCCGAUUUGCUGGAAGCCGUAGGCAUUAGCCAACUGCCGUUGGGCGUGGUAAACACGACGGGCAUUUGCGACCAGCGGGCGAAAUCCAUCCAGGAUGGCGUGCCUGUCUACGGACGGGCCGAUCAAGCCUAUCGGCUCACCCAGAGAGCCGUUCUCACCGUUUCCACCGCUCAAGUCUUUCAAGAGGGAUUCCCCGAUGAUCUGAGCAUCGUGGCGACGUUGAGGCCGGCCCAGGGCAUCAACUCUGUUCUCUUCGCCGUCUACAACGACGCCGGCGAUGAGCAGUUGGUCGUCUCGGUCGGGAAAACCGUCUCGCUCACCUACCAAGAAGGCGACGACGAAGGCAACAGAAGUCCUCCCAUCCAAGUCGAUUUUGGCGUUCGGAUGAACGACGGAAAGUGGCAUCGCCUGGGCAUCAGCAUCAAGGGCAAUGUAGUCACUCUGAUCAAAGACUGUGAGCAACAGGUGACUAGGCCAUUGCCCAGGCAGGGUCUCAAGUUGAGCAGCUCUGGCAUCAUUCUCAUCGGUCAACAACUUUUGGACGAAAGCUUCUAUUCGGGUGAUUUGCAACAAUUGAUUUUGGUUCCAUCACCCGAAUCGGCAUACGAAGUCUGCAAACAGUUUAUGCCGGACUGUAGCAAGCCCAUCGGCAAGUUUGGUGAGUCCAGCCAAAAUGGCGCAUCGUCUUCCAACACCAAACGACAACUUCCUUUAAGCGUGACGGCUUCAGCCGGAGCAGAGACGUUGGUCUACGCCCAAGCGCCAAACGGAAGUUUUGUGGAAAAUGAAGGAUCCGGUGAUGGCGUUGGCAUCGGUGGCAACAACGGAGGCAACUAUUAUUUGCCAGGGCCACCUGGACCGAGAGGAUAUGCCGGCCCUCAAGGCCCGCUCGGUCCUCGUGGUCAAAAGGGUGAGCCCGGACGUGAUGGAUUGAACGGCAAUUUUGGAAUUCAAGGUCCGCCCGGACACGUUUUCAUGAUUCCGUUGAGUCUUCAAGGCAACGAGAAAGGACCAGAUGCUCAAGCUGAACAAUUUCGCCAGAUGCUCUCCCAACACAUGAUGGCUAUGCAAGGCUCGCCCGGACCGCAAGGUAUGACUGGUAUUCACGGCCCCACCGGCCCGCCCGGAUCGGAAGGUCAAAAAGGAGAACCCGGUGAUACCGGAGAACCGGGUCCUCGAGGUCUUCGUGGCAUGAUGGGUCUACCUGGACGAGAAGGUAAACGCGGUCGUCCUGGCCGUGAUGGCGAGCGCGGUUCAACUGGUCCACCAGGAGUUAAGGGCGAACAAGGCAACCAAGGAUUACUGGGAUUGCCGGGCGAGAAGGGAGACCGCGGUGAAGUAGGAAACCCCGGAGAUGUCGGUCAACCUGGACACGAUGGCCAACAAGGUGAAGACGGAGCUGCUGGUUUGCCUGGCAUGCCUGGAGAAAUGGGCCCGCGUGGAUUCCCCGGCCAAAGAGGCUUCCCCGGUCUUCCAGGCCCACCUGGAAUCCCUGGAAGUGAGGGUAUAACCGGUCCUAAAGGAAACACCGGCCCAUCCGGAGGUCCAGGAGCUCCAGGUCAAACAGGACCCAACGGCCCGAUUGGGCCACCUGGCCCACAAGGUGUUUUAGGCCCGCCUGGAACUGCCGGCCCCAGAGGAAAACCCGGCUUGCCAGGUUUACCCGGAGCUGAUGGCUUGCCUGGACCCUCCGGUAACCCUGGAACUCCUGGAUCUAAAGGAGACACUGGAAGCACUGGAGCACAGGGUCCAGUUGGUUUCCCUGGCGUCCGUGGACCGAAAGGUGACCAAGGCGCUCGCGGACCAUUGGGCGAGAAAGGUGACAAGGGAGACAAAGGACAUGACGGCGAAAAAGGUGACGUCGGCCAAAAGGGCGAACGAGGGCCGCAAGGUCUUCAAGGCACUGCUGGUUUGGAAGGGCCCGAAGGACCGAAAGGUUUCGAAGGUCCGCGAGGUGAGGCUGGACCACCAGGUCCGACGGGAGAAAAAGGAAAAUUGGGCGUACCCGGUUUCCCUGGCUACCCCGGUCCACCCGGCGAGAAGGGAGACAAAGGCACACCUGGACGGCCUGGAACACCCGGCGACAAAGGAGAUCGAGGCAACACUGGAACUCCAGGAGAACGUGGAGAGCAGGGUCCGCGAGGUUUCAGAGGAUCUCGCGGUCGUACGGGCAAACAAGGCGUGACUGGACCUAAAGGUGACACUGGACAACCCGGCCCACCAGGCACAAUCGGAGAGCGGGGUCUGCCGGGAGCUGAAGGAGUCCGAGGUCUUACCGGUCAACAGGGUCUUCCUGGUAUUCACGGCAAGGAUGGAGUAGCAGGACCACCGGGCGAGCGUGGACCACCAGGUCAACCAGGUGCCGAUGGACCUAUCGGAGCUCCUGGUGUAGUAGGAUUACCGGGUCAGACUGGCGAGGGAGGUCCAACUGGAGAACCCGGAGAAGCAGGACCUCCAGGUGCACCUGGAGAACCUGGACACUCUGGUGACGCUGGCAAAGAAGGUCCCCAAGGCCCGCCUGGACCUCAAGGAAAGCAAGGCCCUAUUGGACCUUCGGGAUUGCCAGGUUUCCCCGGCGAGAGAGGACUUGCAGGAUUACCUGGAAUGCCCGGACUUAAAGGAGAAAUGGGUCCGGUUGGCCCAGCUGGUCCGGCAGGAGACAAAGGACAACAGGGAGAGUCUGGCAAGGAAGGACCUCCUGGUCCUGAAGGAAGAGCAGGUCAACAGGGAGCUGUUGGACCUUCUGGUGCCAAAGGUGACACGGGAGAUCCUGGAAUCCCAGGACCCACUGGUAGAGAUGGACUUCCAGGACAGCGCGGUUUACCUGGACCACCAGGUCCUAUGGGUCCACCAGGAGAAGACGGUGACAAGGGUGAACCUGGUAAACCCGGUGAGAAAGGAUUUAAAGGCGGGAAAGGAGAUGCUGGACCUCCCGGACCAAACGGCAAUCCCGGUUUGCGUGGAGAAGUGGGACCUAUCGGCCCGCCCGGUGAGAGAGGCCCUCCUGGUGACAUUGGUCGACGAGGUGGUAAAGGAGAAGACGGUCCUCAAGGCCCUGGUGGACCUCCUGGCCCAAUUGGAAACCAAGGUCUUCCCGGCCCUGGUGGCACUAAAGGAGAGAAGGGAGAUUUCGGUCAAAAGGGUCCCGUCGGUCCUCCUGGAACUCCUGGAGAGCAAGGAGCUACUGGUACUAAAGGUGUUCAAGGUUUGCCCGGCGCUACUGGACCCGAAGGUCCUCAAGGACCUAAAGGUGAAACGGGAAAUACUGGACCUCCCGGGCCUCCUGGACAAGAUGGAGCUCACGGUAAAAGAGGACCCGCUGGACCUAAAGGUGAAGAAGGCAAGCCAGGUAUUCAAGGAGCACCUGGUCCGCGAGGUGUUGCUGGCCCUGAAGGUCCCAAAGGUAGCCCGGGCAAUCCAGGCUUCCCAGGACCAAACGGUGAAUCUGGCGAGCAGGGACCGAAAGGAGAACCGGGCAAGGAUGGUUUGGACGGCAAAGCGGGCGAGACUGGUCUUCCAGGAGAAGCUGGUGCUCCGGGUAAAAUGGGUUUGCCAGGCUCACCCGGUAAACCUGGACCAGAGGGACCUGCCGGCGUUCAAGGCAACACGGGCCAACCUGGAGACAAGGGUGACAUUGGCAUCCAAGGCUUACCUGGACCUCAAGGUGCGCCAGGAGAUCAGGGUGUUCACGGACCCCAAGGACCUCCUGGACUUCGUGGAUCACCGGGACCCGCGGGAGAUGUUGGACCUCCAGGCAAGCCGGGCAAGGCCGGUAACCCUGGACCGAACGGUGAAGCUGGUAUAAGAGGCGAGAAGGGCGAUCGCGGCCGAAGAGGACCUAAAGGACAUCGCGGAGAAUUGGGAGCUGCUGGACGUAAGGGUGAAGUCGGAGAGAAGGGUGAAGGUGGAGAACGUGGUACCCAAGGUCCCGUCGGACCUAAAGGAGAAGCCGGACCCCUCGGACCGAUGGGUCAAAAAGGAAACGACGGACCUCAGGGCUUGCCUGGAUUGGAGGGACCUCCAGGACCUAAAGGAGCUGAAGGACAGACUGGACCUAAGGGAGACUCUGGACCUUCUGGACCUCCUGGACCUCCUGGCCCACCGGGCGAAUUGCCUCUUCUGCCGCCUGAAUUGUUGUUCCAACGAGACAGUCCAGCGACCCCAUCCGGUCGAAAGAAGCGCGAACACGCCGACGGUGAAGAAGAGUACGAAGAUCGCUACAAGCGCGCAGUUGGUGGCAAGUCGGACGACGGACCCAAAGAGGAUUUGAACGGCAAACUGUUGGACAUGUACAGUUCGAUCUACACGAUGCGACAGGACCUGGAGCGUAUCAAGAAACCGCAAGGUUCUAAAGAGAAUCCGGUUCGUUCGUGCAAGGAUUUGUACUUUGGCCAUCCCCAGUUCAAAGACGGUUGGUACUGGAUCGAUCCCAACUUGGGCAUGCCGGACGACGCCAUUUACGUCUUUUGUAACAUGACUGGCUCGGGCGAGACGUGCGUCUACCCGGACCUGCAGUCGUCCAAGAUGCCCAACAUUCCUUGGCGCAAGGAGGUCGGCGGCAAGGAAGAGUGGUACUCGAACAUGCGUGGCGCUUCCAAGGUGACGUACGAAACGGUGGGCGUGGUCCAGAUGACCUUCCUGCGCCUCCUGAGUCAAAAAGCCCAUCAGAAUUUCACCUUCACCUGCGUCAACUCGGCCGCCUGGUACAAUCAGCGCACCUUCAAUUACGAUCAGGCUAUCAAACUGCUGGGCGAUAACGAACAGGAAUUCAGCGCCAAAGGAGUCCGACCCAAUGUCAUUCUAGACGGAUGCAAAAAUCGCAAGGGCAGCAGUAAAACCGUGUUUGAAAUUCGCAGCGACAAGCUGGGCCAGUUGCCCAUUAUCGAUUUCUUCCCGGUCGAUUACGGUCAACCUCACCAGGCCUUUGGGUUCGAAGUCGGUCCCGUCUGUUUCAAAUGAUCCCCAGUCGUUGCCGUUUUUUUUUUCUUUUUCUUUCCCCCCAAUUCAGCCAAUCAACGCCCAUCACGACAAUCAACGACGGGCCCAACGACGACGACCAACACACACACACAGACAGUGGAAAAAAAGAAAAGCAAAAAUAAAUCCUCUUUCUCUUAUUCUCUCUCACACACAAAUCAACCGGCCCAAGAUGAUAAACCAUUCGGAUUUAUGGUCGGUUCUUUAUCUCUUUUUUUCUUUUUUACCUCCUCACCGGUUUUCAUUUCUUUUCUCUUAUAUAAAUAUUCGUGAAAAACGCUUUGAAACACACACACACACACACACACACCAAAAACAUUAUUUUUUUUUUCCUUUUUUUCUGGUUCGAUUCCGGAUGACUUUAUGUUGACUGACUGACGUUCAUUGACCGAAAGCAACAACGACGAAAUAACCAACAGACGCUCUCAAUCAACUGCGGCCUUGAUGGUUUUCUUUUUUCUCACGAUAUUAACGAAGAGAAAAGCUUUUUUUUUACGACAACCAAAACAACAACCAACAACCUUCUCUCUCUCUCCUUUUAAUUUUCGCAUUCUCUUUUGACGAUUCGAUUUGCCACCAUUUUCUAUAUUUCCCUUCUCAUUUUCACUUUCUCCCCUCUUAAUGUCUCUUUUUAGAUUUUCAUGGAUUUUGACCACACCCUGUUUUUAUUUUUCAUUAUUUUUAUUUUUCGCUAUCAAAAACAACAACAACACACAAACCGAGUGAUUUCCAAUGACACAUUUAUAGAUAGGUCGGGCUAUUUUAGUUGAAAACCAAAAUGUCACCUUUAAAAAGAAAAAAAAAACAUUUAAAAAAAGAAAUUUACUUGAUGGAAUAUGUAGAUGUGUACAACCCAAGCGAAAUGAAUUCAAAUUUUUCUUCUCUCCUUUUAUUCUCUUAUUCUCAUAAUUUUUUGGCGUGGGGGUGGGGGUCUGACGACAGCAAAGCGCAACAACUUUAAAAAUAGAAAAAGACAAAAAAAAAAAUCAAUCAAUUAUCACUGCCACAAUUUUUAUAUUUUAAGAAAAAUUUGUUUCUUGUUUUCUGCCAAACAUUUUCACACACACACACAUGAGCCCGCCGCAGAGCAGACGACCAAGUUUUUCCCUCUAAAAAUUUCUGUUUAAUUAGAUAACAUACACACACAUCGCCUUUUAUUAUUUUUUUUUGUUUUGUUGAUGAAUGCCAAUCAUGAUAUACUAUGAAGUGACGUGUCAUUUAAUCUCCUCUAUUUUUCUCUCUGUGGCUGCGCGAGCAUUUGAUUUGCAAAGUUUUUGAUUUGAAAACAAAACAACAACCAACAACAUCAUUAAACCAGCUGUGUCUCAUUUCGUGUUGAUUUUAUUUUUUCUUCUUCUCUCUCAUCUGGGGGGUUCAAAAGUGGAAAGGAAAAAAUGUUAUGAAAUUCUGCGCUUUUUGUCAAAAAAAUGUGUCUGGUCUGAUGAAACAAUCUUUUUAUAUACAUUUUCUGUUUUUUUGCCUUAUAUACACAGCCUAACUCUA